GGCGUCCAGGGGAGUUGGCCAGGUCUUCGGGUGCCUCGGUUUCCUCUGUCCAGGCUGCGGCCUCGCCGUGGCAAGGCAGAGCGCGUGCAACUCGGGUCCCCAACCAUCGUGCAGGAACUAGAUACACUGUUUUGCCACAUAUGAACAGCCAACCUAGACAUGGAAAACUUUGUCUUGUAUGAGGAGAUUGGCAGAGGAAGUAGGACUGUCGUAUAUAAGGGACGUCGGAAAGGGACCAUCAACUUCGUAGCCAUCCUUUGUACUGAGAAGAGCAAACGACCUGAAAUAACCAACUGGGUCCGUCUCACCCACGAAAUAAAACACAAGAACAUUGUAACUUUUCAUGAGUGGUACGAGACCAGCAAUCAUCUCUGGUUGGUGGUGGAGCUUUGCACAGGUGGUUCUCUAGAAACCGUGAUCGCUCAGGACGAGAACCUCCCAGAAGAUGUCGUGAGAGAGUUUGGGGUGGACCUGGUCACAGGACUGCACCAUCUCCACAGACUGGGCAUCCUCUUUUGUGACCUUUCUCCUGGGAAGAUACUCUUGGAAGGGCCCGGAACACUGAAGUUCAGCAAUUUCUGCCUGGCAAAGGUGGAAGGGGAGAGUCUGGAGGAGUUCUUCGCUUUGGUGGCAGCAGAAGAAGGAAGUGGUGACAGCGGAGAGAACAUGCUGAAGAAAAACAUGAAGACCCGUGUCAGAGGCUCUCUGGUCUAUGCGGCUCCGGAAAUUGUGAAGGGGACUGAAUUCUCCGUUACCAGUGACCUCUGGUCUUUGGGCUGUCUACUUUAUGAAAUGUUUUCAGGGAAACCGCCAUUCUUCUCAGAAACGAUGUCAGAAUUAGUUGAGAAGAUUCUGUAUGAAGACCCAUUGCCACCAGUCCCAAAAGACUCUUCAUUCCCCAAAGCAUCCUCAGAUUUCAUUAACUUGCUGGAUGGAUUGCUGCAGAAGGAUCCUCAGAAAAGGUUAUCCUGGGAGGGAGUUCUGCAGCACCCCUUCUGGAAGGACGCCCUGCGGAGAGAAGACUCAGACUCAGUCUCCGAGGACUCCCCAUUCAGCAGAAAUGUCGCGGAAUGUUCUGGACCACAUGAUUCCAGAGAGCUUUUGCAGAGCCCCAAGAAUGGACAAGCCAAAGGGCAGAAGGCAGCGCAUCGGCUCAGCCAGUCUUUCAGGCUAGAAAACCCAACUGAACUGAGGCCGAAGAGUAUCAUGGGAGGCCAGCUGAAUGAAUCCAUAUUUCUCCUCAGUUCACGGCCCACUCCAAGGACUAGCGCCAUGGUGGAAUUAAAUCCUGGAGAGGGUGAGGACCCCAGUUCACCUCAGAAGACUUCUCCUUUAUCCAAGAUGACAAGCGCACACCUGAGCCAGGGGGCCCUGGAGUCCCAGAUGAGAGAGCUGAUCUACACGGACUCGGAUCUUGUGAUCACCCCGAUUAUAGACAAUCCGAAGAUAAUGAAACAACCUGCAAUCAAAUUUGAUCCAAAAAUCUUGCACCUGCCGGCAUACUCUGCGGAGAAGUUGCUGGUCCUCAAGGACCAAGACUGGAAUGAGUUCCUGCAGCAGGUGUGCUCCCAGAUCGACUCCAGCGAGAAGAGCACAGGGGCCCUGCGGGCCAAGCUGAACCUCCUGUGUUAUCUGUGUGUGGUGGCCACUCACAAGGAGGUGGCCACCAGGCUGCUUCAUUCCCCGCUGUUCCAGUUGCUAAUCCAGCAUCUGCGAAUAGCUCCUAACUGGGAUAUACGGUCCAAGGUUGCUCGGGUGGUCGGCAUGCUGGCCUUGCACACAACAGAACUUCAGGAAAACGUGCCUGUUAUCGAGGCGAUCACACUCUUAACUGAAUUAAUCCGGGAGAACUUCAGGAGUGGCAAGCUGAAGCAAUGCCUCCUGCCCACCCUUGGGCAGCUUCUCUACCUCGUAGCCACCCAGGAAGAAAAAAAUGAGCACUCCAGGGAAUGCUGGGCUGUCCCCUUGGCUGCCUACACUGUGCUCAUGAGGUGCCUCCGGGAAGGGGAGGAACGGGUUGUCAAUCACAUGGCUGCGAAGAUUAUCGAGAAUGUUUGCACAACAUUCUCUGCCCAGGCACAGGGCUUCACAACUGGGGAGAUCGGGCCUGUCCUGUGGCACCUCUUCAGACACUCCACCGUGGAUGCUCUGCGGAUAACCGCGAUAUCGGCCCUGUGUAGGAUCACACGGCAGUCUCCCACUGCCUUCCAGAAUGUCAUCGAGAAGGUGGGUCUUAAUGCUGUCAUCAGCUCCCUGGCCUCUGCCAUCUGCAAAGUGCAGCAGUACAUGCUGACCCUGUUCACAGCCAUGCUGUCCUGUGGGAUUCAUCUCCAGCGGCUGAUCCAAGAGAAGGACUUUGUCUCUACAGUCAUCCGUUUACUUGACAGUCCAUCCACCCCCAUCAGAGCCAAAGCCUUCCUGGUGCUGCUUUACAUCUUGAUUCAUAACCGAGACAUGCUGCUGCUGAGCUGCCAAGCGAGGCUGGUGAUGUACAUCGAGAGAGACAGCAGAAAGACCUCCCCAGGCAAGGAGCUGCAGAGUGGGAAUGAAUAUCUGGCCAGGUGCCUGGAUCUCCUCAUUCAGCACAUGGUACAGGAGCCACCGCGGAUUCUAGGUGACAUUCUCAACGCCCUGGCAAAUGUGUCCGGCCGGAAGCACCCAUCCACAGUCCAGGGGAAACAGCUGAAGAUGUGUCUCCCCAUGAUGCCCGUGGUGCUCCACCUGGUCAUGUCUCAGGUAUUUCGACCUCAAGUAGUGACAGAAGAGUUUCUCUUCAGCUAUGGAACAAUUCUUAGUCACAUUAAGUCAAUUGACUUGGGGGAAACGAACAUAGAUGGAGCCAUAGGCAUCGUGGCCUCAGAGGAGUUCAUCAAGAUCACCCUGUCGGCAUUUGAAGCAGUGAUCCAGUACCCGGUUCUGCUAGCCGACUACCGCUCUACGGUCAUGGAUUACAUUCUGCCACCCUUGGUCUCCUUGGUUCAGAGCCAGAACGUGGAGUGGAGACUCUUCAGCUUGCGGUUGCUUUCGGAGACCACAACCCUGCUGGUGAGCCAGGAGACAGAGGAUGGUGACGAAGAGGCCAGCUGCGACUCUGACAGCAGUCUCCUGGCGCUCAUCAGAGAUGAGUUGCUACCCCAGUAUGAACACAUUCUCAUGGAGCCUGACCCAGUUCCGGCCUACGCCCUGAAGCUGCUUGUUGCCAUGACAGAACACAACCCUGCUUUCACCAGGCUUGUGGAAGAAAGCAAACUGGUGCCGCUCAUUUUUGAAGUAAUUCUGGAGCAUCAGGAGAGCAUUCUGGGUAAUACCAUGCAGAGUGUGAUUGCAUUGCUCAACAAUCUGGUUGCCUACAAAGACUCAAACAUGCAGCUGCUUUAUGAGCAAGGACUCGUUGGUCACGUCUGUAACAUGUUCACAGAAACCGCCACUCUGUGCUUGGACAGGGACAAUAAAACCAACACAGAACCAGCAGCCACACUGCUGGCCUCCCUGCUCGACAUCCUUCUGGGCAUGCUGACCUACACUUCCCGAAUCGUCCGGCAGGCUUUGCAAGCUCAGAAGUCAGGCUCAAGAGGAGACACACAGGCUGCAGAGGACCUGCUGGUCCUCAGCAAACCCCUCACAGACCUCAUCAGCCUGCUCAUCCCACUGCUUCCCAGUGAGGACCCUGAGAUCUCCGAGGUUUCGGCCAAGUGCCUAUCCAUCCUGGUGCAGCUGUACGGAGGGGAGAACCCUGAGAGCUUGUCCCCGGAGAACCUGGUGACCUUUGCUGACCUCCUGAUGGCCAAGGAGGACCCGAAGGACCAGAAGCUUCUGCUUAGGAUCCUCAAGAGGAUGGUAACGUCCAAUGAGAAGCUCCUGGAAAGCCUCAAGAACACCGGCAGCCUUCUGCAGGCCCUGGAGCGCCUGGCUCCAGCUCACAGCUCACCCGUCGAUACUGUCGUGGCUUCGUUGGCCCUGGAACUCCUCCAGGCUGUUGGGCAUUGAGACAAAGGCCAUCCUGUGGCUCCCAUCCACUGCACAGCAUGGUCAGAUCCCACAGUCCUUUCUCACCAGCCUCAAGUGGAGCUAAUAAAAUCGAUGGGCCAGAA